UGAUGAGUGAUCAAUUUGAUGAUGAUGAUUUUGUUGAUGGAGAAGAAAUCUAAAAUAAUAAUUCCAGCAAUUAAGAACAAAUUAGCACUGAGCAAUAAAAUCAAUCUAAAAAAGUUGAGGAAAUGGAUGAUGAUGAAGAAGAAUAAAUAAUUAUUACAGAAGAUAAUUAACCAAAUUCAACGGAAAUAGAGCAAACUACCAAAAAUAAUGAAAUUCAAGUACAAUUCCUUGAAUAAGCUUAGAGCCAAGAAUAGCAGAGUUAAAAAAGCAUCGAAAAUUAAUAAAUGAUUGAAUAAUAAUAAGAAACCCAUGUAGAAGAAGAAAUGAAAAAUCCUGAAUUAUAAUAACAAAUGGCAGUAGAUAAUAAUGAUAUUUAAUAAUAAAGUAUACAUAGAGAUGAAAAUGAAUAAUAAAAUGAUGAGGAUUUUGAGGAAGGAGAAGAAAUAUAAAUUGAAAAUUUAGAAGAAAAUGUUAUGAAAAUAUAAGAAUAAAAUAAUUCAAAUGAUGAUAAUUAAAUAGAAUAAGAAUAAUAAGAGUAAGAGUAAGGAUAAUAAGAAUGCUAGUUAUAAUAGUUAUAACAAUAACAAAGUUAAGAAUAACAAUAUGAAUUAUAACAACAAUAUGAAUAAGAAUAAUAACAAUAAUAAUAAUAAUAAUAUUUAAAUCAUAAUAGUGAUACACAAUCAGAAGAAGAAAUUAUAGUAUUAGAUAAAGAGGAUAAACUAGUAGAAGAAGUUCAAUAAAAAAAUGAUGAAGAUGAUUUUGUAAGUGGAGAAGAGGUUGAGAUUUAAAAUGAAAAUUAAGGAAUUUAGUAGACAUAAAAUAAUGAUGAUGAUGAAGAUGAAUUUGAAGAGGGUGAAGUAAUUCAAGAAUAAGAGAAUAAUGCAGUUUAAAUUAAGGAAGUAAAUGAUCAGACUAAUAAUCAGAAUUUGGUAUUUUGCUAUUCAAUAUUUAGAGAAUGUCUUCUGUUAAUAAAUAUUAAAUUGAUAAUUUAUACAAUGAAUUAUGUUAAGGAUUUUAAUGUCCACUUUAAAGGAAUUUUGAAUUUGAUUCAGUGUAUUAAUUUUUGAUUUUGAUAGCCCUGCUCAAUAAUUUAGCUCAAUCGAAACAGCUUUGGAUAAAAACAGUGUGAACUACCUUCUUGAAAGAGAGUAAAAUCAAAUAAUAUAAAAGAUUACAGCAUGUCCAAGGCUAGAAAGAGUUCAAUGGCAUGACAACCCCAUCUAAAAUAAACAUUAAUGAAGUAGGUGUGUCAUAGGAAUUAAAGAAUGCCUUCCUUGAUUAAAUUAAGCUCUACACAUUAAUAUGGACCAAGUAUUAGCCAUACAUUUAGUAUUUAAAAUGUCAAUGAUUAGAAUGUCUGACCAAUAUAACUUUGUGAUUGAAUACCCUAUGUUUGAAUAUGUGGAUGUCGCUUAGGACAAGUCUCCAGUUCCUAGAGGUGGAACUUCUCAAUUUUAAUUAAAUGAUGUAGGAAGACCAGGAUUAUAAGAGAUAUUAGAUCUGAUUCCUGAUUAUUCUAAGCUUUUAGAGCAGACUUUCUCAAAUGAAACAUGA